GUCUUUCUUUCUUGUUCCAAAAAACUUGUUUUGUCAUCCCUUUCUCCUUCCAUCUUUACAUAAUGUCAGCCAUAUCCGAUGAUGCUAUUCGUAAUAUCUUUGUAGAACUUCAAGCCAAGUACAUCUCUAGUCAACAACAAGUUAACACAGUUAAAGCUCAAAUCCAAAACAAACAACGUGAACGUAAAAUGGCAGAAUUGACUCGACAAGAACUUGAUACCCUUGAUUCAAACACUCAUACGUAUAAACCUGUUGGAAAGAUGUUUAUUCAAUCACCAUUGUCUGAAAUGAAAAAGGAAUAUGUGAAAGGUAUUGAAAAGGCUGAUGAACAAAUCCAACAAUUAGAGAAAUCACAAAAAUAUUGGGAACGAUCUGCAGCAGAAGCACAAGGCAACCUGAAGGAUUUAUUGAACGGACCUCGAUCCAUGUAGUUUAGUUUACUAUAGUUAUUUUUUUUAAUAGUUUUAGUUUAGUGAAUAGAAUCUAUUUCAAUUUAUCAAAUAAAAGAAAUAAAAAAAGAUAACGGUAUGUAUAUAUAUAUA